CUUCUUCUUCAAUCUCUAAACAAAGGGUACUCCUGCCAAGACCUAUCUUAAGGCCUCUACCAUUCAGAAUUUCACAUUUCAUGAGAUUUUGUUUGUUUUUUGGCUUCUGGGUAUUGCAAAAAACUGCAAUAUUUGAAGUUAUAAUUGGGUAUCUGGGAGUGUUCUUCUCAGGUUCUCUGCUUCACAACUUCAAAUUGAGGAUUGUUUUAAAAAAUCCUAUAGGUUUUGGCUUUUGGGUCUUUUAAAGUUGGUACUAAGGUGGGGGAGAUUCUAUUACUAAGAACAAACUUGAAUUCAGGGAGAAUGGUUCUAUUGCACAAGGGGUGCAUCCCAUGGAAGUUCCAUUCAGUUAUUGAGAAGAAAUUCUGUGUCUGUGUUGACAAAAGCUAUUAUUUUUGGAUCUUCCAAAUCUUCAAUAGGUACAACACUGGAACUUCUCUGCAAAUCUCAAAAUUAUAGUUCUUCCAGCUGCUGCCACCUUGUUUCUACUUUUUUGGAGAUUUUAAUAACUUGAAGAGUUGGAAAUGGGAGGAGCAUCGCUUCCCCCUGGUUUUCGGUUCCACCCGACGGAUGAAGAGUUAGUGGGGUAUUAUUUAAAGAGGAAGAUUGAAGGGCUGGAGAUUGAGCUUGAAGUUAUUCCAGAGAUUGAUCUCUAUAAAUUUGAUCCGUGGGAGUUACCAGACAAAUCAUUCCUCCCAAAACGGGAUAUGGAGUGGUUCUUCUUCUGUCCCAGGGAUCGUAAAUAUCCAAAUGGUUCACGUACAAAUAGAGCCACUGGAGCUGGCUAUUGGAAAGCCACUGGAAAAGACCGGAAAAUAGUAUGCCAGUCUGCUGUGGCCGGGUUUCGCAAGACCUUAGUGUUCUAUCGUGGACGAGCACCUUCAGGAGAUCGGACACACUGGGUGAUGCAUGAGUAUCGUCUUUGUGAUGAUCUUUCUCAAACAUCAUCUGGUCUUCAGGGAGCUUUUGCUCUGUGUCGCGUAGUUAAGAAGAACGAUCAUGGACAGAAGAUAGGAGAUCACCAAGGAGGACACAAGGCCAAGAGGGCAGGGGUCACUUCUGCCAGAGGGAACAUGAUGACUUUGGAAGUCUCAACUGAGCCCUUAAGAAACCACAGAGAAAGUUCAUCUCAAGCUGCUAACCUACAGAAGGGGAGCAACUAUUCAAGCCCUGUUACUUCCCCAUCUGAAAUUGCAAGAGUGUCAGACUUUGAGCAGCCAUCAAACAAGACUGAUGAAGGAGGCCUCUGGGUCUCACCUAGUCUAAUUCUGGACUCUUCAAAGGAUUAUCCACAGGGUCAAGAUGUUGGAUCUGAAUGUUUUCACCCCCAAGAGUUUCCAAACUCGAUAACUUCAUGGGAAUAUUCUGGUUCUGUGGAAAUCUCUCCUGCAUCAUCCUACUCUAAUUUCAUGGAAGAAUUUGAUCUAGCAGAUGAUCUUAGUCGAAUAAGCUGUAUCUCACCUUACUCAGGACCGAUAAACUCCAUGCUUUAUGGAGAUGAGGAUAGAUCAUAUCAAAGCUUCAAUCCAACUGAUUCACUAAGAAGCCAAGACCAGUUCAUCAAUGGCUUUGAAGCUUGGAACCCCCUUCCAAUUUGCAGACAACGUAGUGAAGAUGGGAGUCUGGGAGAGCUAAGCAGCCUAUCGACAACUUGGUGAUUUUGAUGUAAAGGUAGCCCUGAGUAUGAUAUGGCAUAGAUCAUCCUAGUACCUUAUUACGUGAUUCCUACUGCAGUUGAUCAACAGGAGUGGGAUCUCUGAGACAAUGCCUUUUAAUGACUAUUCCCUGAUACUAUCCUAAGUAGAAAGUAGGUGCCUAUCACUUUUAACGAUUGCACCUGGAGUUUGUUCAAUGGCAAAGUGUGAACAGUUUGUUAUCUAUGCUCUAAUGUAAUAAUGGGUUUGCCUCC